AGGGCAGUUUCCGUUAGGUGUUGAAGGCUGAGGCGCGCCACCGGCCCCCUUCCCACGUGAAGCGCUGCGCGAGCCUCGCUGGGCCGCCGGGCUCGGUGCUCGCGCGUCCCGGAAGCCGCGGGGAACCGGAAGUGGCCCGUGGAAGCUCGGGAGCUGGUCCGGGAGCCCCGUGUGAGGCGAUUCGGAGCGCUGAGGCGGCGCCAUGUCGCUCAUCUGCUCCAUUUCCAAUGAAGUGCCAGAGCAUCCAUGUGUGUCCCCUGUCUCUAAUCAUGUGUAUGAGCGGCGGCUCAUUGAGAAGUACAUUGCAGAGAAUGGUACAGACCCUAUCAACAACCAGCCUCUCUCGGAGGAGCAGCUCAUUGACAUCAAAGUUGCUCACCCAAUCCGGCCCAAACCUCCCUCUGCUACCAGCAUCCCAGCCAUUCUGAAAGCCUUGCAGGAUGAGUGGGAUGCUGUCAUGCUGCACAGCUUUACCUUGCGCCAGCAGCUGCAGACGACCCGCCAGGAGCUGUCCCACGCUCUCUACCAGCACGAUGCUGCCUGCCGUGUGAUCGCCCGUCUCACCAAGGAGGUCACUGCUGCCCGAGAAGCUCUGGCUACUCUGAAACCACAAGCUGGUCUCAUCGUGCCGCAAGCUGUGCCGAGCUCACAGCCCAGUGUUGUGGGCGCAGGUGAGCCCAUGGACUUGGGCGAGCUGGUGGGAAUGACUCCCGAGAUUAUCCAGAAGCUACAAGACAAGGCCACUGUGCUGACCACGGAGCGUAAGAAGAGAGGGAAGACUGUGCCUGAGGAGCUGGUGAAGCCAGAAGAGCUCAGCAAAUACCGGCAGGUGGCAUCCCACGUGGGGCUGCACAGUGCCAGCAUUCCUGGGAUCCUUGCCCUGGAUCUCUGUCCCUCCGAUACCAACAAGAUCCUCACUGGAGGUGCAGAUAAAAACGUUGUUGUCUUUGAUAAGAGUUCUGAGCAAAUCCUGGCCACUCUCAAAGGCCACACCAAGAAAGUCACCAGUGUGGUGUUUCACCCUUCUCAGGAACUGGUGUUUUCUGCCUCUCCAGAUGCCACUAUCCGGAUUUGGUCAGUCCCGAACACCUCAUGUGUCCAGGUUGUUCGCGCCCACGAGAGCGCUGUCACAGGCCUCAGUCUCCAUGCCACUGGUGACUAUCUUCUGAGCUCCUCUGAUGACCAGUACUGGGCCUUCUCUGACAUCCAGACGGGGCGUGUGCUAACCAAGGUGACAGAUGAGGCCUCUGGCUGCUCUCUCACCUGUGCGCAAUUCCACCCUGAUGGGCUCAUUUUUGGAACAGGAACCAUGGACUCUCAGAUCAAGAUCUGGGACUUAAAGGAGCGCACCAAUGUGGCCAACUUCCCUGGCCACUCAGGUCCUAUCACCAGCAUCGCCUUCUCAGAGAAUGGCUACUACCUGGCCACAGCAGCUGACGACUCCUCUGUCAAGCUUUGGGACUUGCGUAAGCUUAAGAACUUCAAGACGUUGCAGCUGGACAACAACUUUGAGGUGAAGUCACUGAUCUUUGACCAGAGUGGCACCUACCUGGCCCUUGGAGGCACAGAUGUCCAGAUCUACAUCUGCAAACAGUGGACAGAGAUUCUUCACUUUACAGAGCACAGUGGCCUGACUACGGGGGUGGCCUUCGGACACCACGCCAAGUUCAUCGCUUCAACCGGCAUGGACAGAAGCCUCAAGUUCUACAGCCUGUAGGCCCUGUGCCUUCUUACAGUAGCUGGGCCUCAUCUCAGCAGUGGUUCCCAUGACACAGGCUGAGCCAUGGGAACUGUGAAGCGGGCGGGCAAGAGGGCUUGUUCAGGUUUUUGUAAGCAGUGAUAUAGUUUCAUUAAAAAAAGAAAACAAUAAGCC